AUGGACAGUGGGAGCUUAGUCGAGGUUCUAUUUUACGACACGUUCAAGAGGAUGGGGCUAUCAGAUGAUAUUUUGAUCCCUUCAACAUAUCAGAUCUACGGCUUCAACGGUACAGUGACUGUGCGAAAGGGUGAGGUCACUCUCAGAGUCUCGGACGGACAGGGAUAUUUGGAUACACUUACCACCUUCUGCGUAGUGGAUGUCGUAUUUCCUUAUGAGGCUAUCCUUGGCAGGCCUUGGAUCGCGGGUGUCAAAGGUAUGGCGUCGGCCUACCAUCAGAAAUUAAGGUUCCCAUCUUACCGAGGGGUUGUGGAGGUACUAGGCGACCCACAGGCUGGAAGGCAGUGCAUGCAGCUGGAUAUUCAACAAAAUGAGGAAAGACGGUCUAAACAGCGUCGAGAAAAGAACAAAGCCAAAGAGACUAAAACAGCGAAAGAGUUGGAGAAGGUGCUCUCACAGGACAUUGCGACCUACGAGAUAGACAAGUAA